AACAAUAUUGUGUGCACACACAAUCAAACGCUCGCGAACACUGUGUUAGUGGUUUACAAUCGGAAUUUUGUUUCUUUUUUUCUUGUACUUGUGCUUGUUCUUGAUAAACCAAUCCUUAAUAAUUAAGCCUUCCCAGCUGCGCGUGUGUGUGUGUGUGUGUGUGCGUUCGAAUCGACCGGCGUCAUGUCUUGGUUCCUGUCGGACGACGACGAAGAGGAUGAAAACCUGCUGUUCAGCCCUGCUUUAAUGGCUCGCCGGGCCAGUGAGAGUUGGAUCGACACACCGCCCUUUGAGGAAGUUUCCGUCCAAGUGGCGUUGCAGCGGAAAAAGAGUUUGCCGGACGUACAAGUUCCUGCUUACGCACAAGCGUCGAUCACCAGAGAGGAAGUAUCACUGUUAAGUUCGGCCCGUAGGGAGGAAAUCCGAAGAAUGGAAGAAGAAAACGAACGACUCCGGGCCAACCCGUUGCUCUAUUUAGUCAGUCCGCACAUGAAGGAUUGGAUCUCAAGACAGCAAUUGAUGUUGGCCAUAUUGUUCUUCAAUAUUACAUUGGCGUUGAUAUUUUUUAAGCUGUUGGCCUCCUAGACUUGCUAUUCGAAUCAAGUGACGAAAGAGAUAAAUGUCAAAACAGAUAAUUAAUAUUAUUAUUAUGUAAAAAUUAAAAACUCCCUUAAAUGUAUCGUCUAUUGUUUUGCCAUAAGCUCAAUGAAAAAAUGUAGGUAGAUAGUUAACAGAUGAUUUACCAUUGUUGUCGGUUACUUGUUUCUGUGUAAAAUAAUAUUAAUAAUAAACUUAGUA